AAUAUCUUCUCUUGUGUUCAUCAGAAGAAAGAAAUUCUUACAGGUUUGGAACAAUCUGAAUGAUUACAGACUUUUCAUUUUUGGGUGAGCUAUCGCUUUAAAGAAAAGAUGAAUGGCACAAAACACUAUCUUAUCUCAGCAUUGUGGAAUGAACGUUUUCGUACGUCCUUCCCCUUCAACUUUAUACUUCUCAUUUCCAGGCCAACCCUCACACUGGUUAAGUGACAUACAUUUGUAGCUUCCCUUUCCUAUCACAGAAUCAGGUCUACUGACUUUCAAAAGGCAGCGUCUCAGAGUUAGGACUCGCACAUCAUAAUCAGCACUGAGUUCAUCAUGGCAGCAGAGGGGAGUCCUGUUUCUGGUGGUGUUACAUUGAUCCACACUGAAUGUGAAGGGAAACACUCAUAUGAAGUGAAGGGCUUUUUAAACCAAAACAAAGGAAUGUUUACAAGCAAGGGAGAUAAACUCCUAAUGAUAAACAACACAAAUGUGGAGGAUUUGGCUCCAAAGGCAUUUGCUGAUCUUCUGGUUGAAGGACCUCCCUUACUUACCAUACAUCAUCCGUGCAAAACAAAAACAGAAGAGUGCGAAUCCGAGGAGCUCAGAGUCAAUAAAAAGGAGCCGACGGUCAUAAGUUUCAGCUUGAUGAUGGUAAGAGAGUCUGAGCUGGAGGCAUGUGCAGACCAGGAACCAGAAAAAGAGUGGGAAGACUGUGACAUUGAGGAUGAUUAUUGCGAUGAUUGCAAUUUGCUAAUUGUCUCCAUGGCCGAUACAAGCUUCAGUAUGGUUGUUGCUCGAGGCUCUGACCCUGACAACCCUUGCAACAACUGUGGAAAGACGAAUUGCCAGUUUAAUGAAGUUGUUGUCCUGCCUACAAAAGCUGAGAUUACCUCAAAUUCUUCAAAGAAUUUGCAGAAGCUUAAUGAGAUGAAUAAUUUAUUUAUGAAGAGUUUCAUAGGGGAAAAGUAUGUCGCCGCAUGUCUCAGCAAGCAUCGGAUAUGUUUGAAUAACACCAUGUCAGAGCCAAUCACCAUCUACUCUUACGCCAAAAAGAAUUAUCCAGGUUUUCCUGUUGUGCUGAACUUCACUAACACAGAAAACUUCUUCAGCUGCACCACAAAGCAAGAUAAUACAAAGAUUUUAACAGUUGUGCAAUAUAGAAAGAAUGACCUGAAAACAAUCUGUCCUGAUGACCCACAGAAAUGGUCUCUUGUAUUCUACAUGUCUACUGGGGUAGACAAUAACCGGCGUUUUGAGUCAGCUCUCCACAGAGGAUGGUUUAUCUACACAAAAAAUGUAGAGAAAUGUGAAGUAGACAUGAAUUGUGAUGAUCAGAGUGGCUAUGAAGAAUCCAAAACCUUUUUUGUCAUAAUUCAGAGUGGGCAAUGUAUUGUAUCUGAGGAGAACUGUGGCAUGAAAAAGAUGAAAGUGAGAUUCAGCCUGUCGAUUAUUAGUGAGGAUGAUUUGGAGAUGGAGGGGCACCAGGAACUGCCACAUCCACAACCAGAGUUGGAAGACGAGGACAUUGAGGACAGCUGUUUCUAUGAUGACGAUCAGAUGCUUGUUACCCUGGCAAACAUGAGCUUUAAUCUGGUUGUUGACCAAGACCCUGACACUGACAAACCUCUCUGCAGCAGUGAUUGCCAAUUUAAUGAAAUUGUGGUCAUGUCUGAGCAAGCUGAUCUUGCCUUUAUUUCUGCAAUUGGGAAAAUGAUUAAAGAACAAGACAAUUUGUACAUGAAGUCAAAACAAAAAUGCAAGUAUAUCACAUCUGGACAGAAUCAGAUACGUUUGGAGGACACUAUGUCAGCAAAAAUCACCAUCUUCCAAUGCAUGGCCACCAAAGACACAAAAUCAGGUGUUCCUGUUGUGCUGAACUUCACUGGCACAGAUAACUUCUUCUGCUGCACCAGCGAAGGAGGAGAAAUUAUUUUAAAAGUUAAUAGGUAUGACAAAACAAAGCUGCACAUCCCUGGAGAUGAUCAAGAAAAAUUAGCCCAUGUUUUCUACAUGUCUCAAACCCCGGAUAGUCACCGGCAUUUUGAGUCAGCGCUCCACAGAGGAUGGUUCAUUCACACUGUUGGCGGUAUAGUGCCUCUUUCAACUUCCUUUUCCCAUCACAUGAUGGCUUUAAAAAGGCAGUGUUUCAGAUUCAGGGCUCACAUCCUUUUUAUCCGCACCGUGAUCAACAUGGCAGCAGAGAUUGUACAUCAGCCGAGCUCAAGAAAAACAGAAGAACAUGAAUCUGAGGACACCGGUGUCAAGAAAAGGAAGAUGAUAGUGAGAUUCAGCCUGACAAUGUUAAUUGAGGAAGAUUUUGAGAUGGGUGGGCACCAGGAACUGUCACAUCCACAACCAGAGUUGGAAGAUGAGGACAUUUUUUGUAAUGAAAUUGUGGUCAUGCCUGAGCAGGCUGAUCUUGCCUUUAUUUCUGCACAAAUUGGGAGACUGAUUAAAGAACAUGACAAUUUGUUCUUGAAGUCACACCAAAAAUGCAAGUAUAUCACAUCUGAACGGCAUCAGAUAUAUUUGGCAGACACUAUGUCAGCAAAAAUCACCAUCUUCCAAUGCAUGGCCACCAAAGACACAAAAUCAGGUGUUCCUGUUGUGCUGAACUUCACUGGCACAGAUAACUUCUUCUGCUGCAACAAUGAAGGAGAAGAAGCGAUUUUAAAAGUUACCAGGUAUGACAAAACAAAGCUACACAUCCCUGGAGAUGAUCAAGAAAAAUUAGCCCAUGUUUUCUACAUGUCUCAAACCCCGGAUGGUCUCCGGCAUUUUGAGUCAGCGCUCCACAGAGGAUGGUUCAUUCACACUGUUGACGGUAAUGCUGUGAAAAUGCAACGAGGCAAACUUACAUCCAGCGACUGCUUUGUCUUAAUUGAGACUGAUGCCACAAAAACCAUUCAAUAUUAAAAUUAUAUUGUAGUACUACAGCACAGGGUAUGUUUUUAUGGUAUUUAAUAAAAAAAGAAAAGAAAAAGAAAAAGAAGAAAUAAUUUACUUUAACCAUAUAUUUAUAAUAUUAAUCUCUAUUUACAUCUGUCUGUAUAAACUACUAGCAAGUUAAGUCAUCUUGUUGGUUACAGUUAAUUUAUCAUUUGUCAUAUUAUCAUGUGUUCAUGUAUCUUUUUACACUUUAACAUCAGGCAUUCAAAUAAACAUUUGUGAACACACCAGCAACAAAGAGAUCCAUUCUUUGUAUUACAAAAUAAAAGUCCAAAUGCA